CCGCUGCAUAAGAAUCCAUUAUUCCCUCGACAUGACUCCUAUAGUCAUUAUUUUGUUGGGUAUGAUCGUUAUCGGUGUCUCCUGCCAAGAACCUCAUUACCAAUCGCCACAUCAAACGGCGAUUUUGAGUGACGCGCGUUAUCUCGCAGGUGAUGGCACAUUCGGUGCAGCUUACUCUCAAGAAGACGGAGUAGAAUUUAAGGAGGAAAGCGACAUAGAAGGUAAUCGACGUGGAUCAUAUUCGUACAUCGACCCAACCGGGGAAAGGCGCACUGUGACUUAUACAGCAGGAAAGAACGGAUUCCAAGCGACCGGAGAUCACAUUCCUAGCGCACCCCCGCAAGUGCCACCGCAGCCGGAGUACAUACCGUUGGCGCAAUAUAAUCCGUCGGAUUACCACCCUCCGAGUUACGCACCGCCAUCCCCUCAACAAUAUCCACGGCGCUAUCAAUCGGAUUAUGAGCCGCAACCUGUUUAUCGAUCGCGGCCUCAACCGUCACCUCCUCAACAGUAUUCGCAGCGUUAUCAACCGGAUUACGAGCUACAAUCUGUCGUUUAUCAACCGCAGCCUCAACCGCAACCUCAACCGCAACCUCAACCGCAGCCUCAACCGCAGCCUCAACCACAGCCUCAACCGCGGCUUCAACCGCAAUAUCAGCCGCAGCCGCCACCUCGCUAUCACUAUCCUUCGGAGUUGCAAGGUAUACCCUCGUAUGCGCCACCGAGGCCACACUAUCAACCCCAACUUCGCCCCGCACCACAACAUAACGUGAUAACGACACCGGCCGCAGCGCCCCGGAAUUUUUAUCCGCCGGGAAAGCUCAAUUUCAAUCGGACCCCCGACGGCUUCUCCUAUACGUUCAGUAAAAGUUGAGUGACAUGAGUUAUUAUGAUGUGAGAAGCGAUAACGAAUUCGA